AAGUAGACACAGCUAUAAGCGUAAGGAUUUCCAUUGUAUUUAUCCUUUUCGAGUUCUUGGCACACUGUCGUCUUGCUUCUUUCAAAGUCAUCAACAAUGGCAUUGCUUCCCAAGAUUCAGUCUGUUUUCGGUCGUCGGGCGACCGAUGAUGGAGUAGACUCUGUCCCCGUGGAGUUGGUUGAUGAAAAGAAAGAUGCUGUCAGACAAGAUCCUAUCAGUGAAGGAAAUGAGAAGAACAGAGAAGAUCCGGCCAUUGGCACAACUGGAACGGACAGCAAUGAUGAGCAGGACCAACUUCCUACCCAAGAUGCACAACGUGGUGUCCACGAUGUUGAGGCCGUCACUCUGACCUGGACCAAGACGACGCUGGUCGCAGUCUUCCUCAACAUCUGGUUACUUUACUUCGUCAACGCAUUCCAAUCCUCGAUCCUCUACAACUUGCUUCCCUACGUUACGAGCGAAUUUGAGUCGCAUUCGCUGCUGACUGUCAUUUACAUCGUCGCAAGCGCCAUGUCGGCCGCGACGUAUAUUCCAUUGUCAAAGGUUCUCGAUGUCUGGGGUCGUGCUGAAGGCUUCCUUAUCAUGGCAACUUUCUCCACGCUGGGAUUGAUUCUUAUGGCUACAUGCCAUAACCUUCCCACCUUCUGCGCCGCAUAUGUGUUUUACAGCAUUGGCUUCGGAGGUAUUACUUACUGCGUGGACGUCAUCACGGCCGACGCGUCCAAGCUGAAGAACCGAGGAUUGGCAUACGCCUUCACGUCCUCGCCAUAUAUGAUUACGGCAUUUGCUGGAGCGAAGGCAUCGGAAGAUUUCUACUAUAACGUCAGCUGGAGAUGGGGUUUCGGCUGCUUUGCGAUCAUCUUCCCCAUUGUGGCUGCUCCUCUAUACGUUAUGUUGAAGGUCAACCUUAAGAAAGCCGAGAAACGAGGCCUCUUGGUCAAUGAGAACAGCGGCCGGACGUUUUUGCAAAACGUCUGGUAUUACGUCAUUGAGUUUGAUGCAUUUGGAGUCCUCCUGUUCUCUGUCGGUCUCACCGUGUUUUUGCUGCCCUUCACCAUCGCGGAUAGCGCCCCCAACGGCUGGUCCUCGGGCUACAUCAUUGCCAUGCUUGUCAUCGGAUUUGUCGCGCUUGUCUCCUUUGGCUUUUACGAGGUGUACUUGGCCCCGACACCCAUGCUCAACUUCAGCUUUCUCACCGACCGAACCGUCAUCGGCGCGUGUAUUCUGAGCAUUACAUACCAGAUCUCUUAUUACUGCUGGGCCAACUACUUCACGUCCUUUCUACAAGCCGUCAACAAUGUUACCAUCGCCCAGGCCGGAUACAUUGGUAACACCUUCGACGUUGUGUCUGGCGUGCUUCUCCUGAUUGUCGGUUACUUGAUCCGCCGCACCGGCUACUAUAAGUGGCUCCUCUACAUCGCGGUCCCGCUGUACAUCUUCUCCCAGGGCCUAAUGAUCUACUUCCGCCGCCCCAACCAGUCAGUCGGCUACCUAGUCAUGUGCCAGGUCUUCAUCUCCAUCGGUGGUAGCAUCUUCAUCCUCAUCGGCCAGGUCGCCAUUCUAGCCGCGGUUGACCAUCAGCACGUCGCUGCCGUGCUUGCCCUCCUCAACGUCGCCGGAACCAUCGGCAACGCCAUGGGAUCGACUAUCUCCGGUGCUAUCUGGACGAACACCUUCGAGAAGGCGCUUGAGCGGAAUCUGCCUACCUCCGCGCUGCCCGAUCUGUCCACUAUUUAUGAGGAUCUCGAGACGCAGCUAAGUUACGAGGUCGGUAGCCCAACGAGACUGGCGAUCCAGGAGUCGUAUGGGUAUGCGCAGACAAGGAUGUUGGCUGCAGGGACGGGAAUCAUGUGCCUUGCGUUCAUUUCUCUCAUACUGAUUAGGAAUAUUAAUGUUGCGAAGGUGGCACAGGUCAAGGGUACCGUCUUCUAAGUGUGCGCGAUUCAGCCGUUGGCUUGGAAGAGGUAUGUUGGGAUAAAAUUGUUGGAGAUAGUAAGAUUGGUGGUAUAUACUCGCAGAUAUUUUGUUUAUAAUAUAAUUCAUUUAAAACG